CCUUUCGCCUUUUGCCACGAUAGCCACUGCUACCUUCAUCAUCAAAGAGACUCAUCUUUCCUAUCUCCUCCAUCGCUUGCCGCAAUACGUACCUGGAGCCGCCGAACUACUCAAAGGACACAACAAGUGGAAGAUGUGGAUUUGGGAAUGGUUCCGUGACCUCCUCGCCAGCUUGGGCCUUGCGAACAAGCACGCAAAACUCCUCUUCCUAGGCCUUGAUAAUGCCGGCAAGACCACGUUGCUGCACAUGCUAAAGAACGACCGCGUUGCAGUUCUACAGCCAACCCUUCAUCCGACGAGCGAAGAGCUCGCCAUCGGCAACGUCCGCUUCACCACCUUUGAUCUCGGAGGUCACGCACAAGCGCGCAGGCUAUGGCGCGACUACUUCCCUGAGGUUUCGGGCAUCGUCUUCCUCGUCGAUGCGAAGGACCACGAGAGAUUCCCGGAGGCGAAGGCCGAGCUCGAUGCGCUUCUGGCUAUGGAGGAGCUGAGCAAGACGCCUUUCCUUAUCUUGGGCAACAAGAUUGACCAUCCAGAGGCUGUUAGCGAGGAGCAGCUGAGGAGUGUACUGGGCUUGUAUCAGACUACUGGCAAGGGACAGGUUCCCCUCGAAGGGAUUAGGCCUAUCGAGGUGUUCAUGUGCAGCGUCGUCCUUCGGCAAGGUUACGGUGAGGGCAUUCGCUGGUUGAGUCAGUAUGUAUGAACAGCAAUUAUGUACACGCCGGGUUAUGAAGUGCUUUGGUAGAUGUGAUAUUUAGCGUCAAGGUCGGCGUUCAUUGGCUACUAGAUAAGUGUGUAAUAAAGGCUUAAUUAUUGUACACUCCAGAUCCAUGAAGUUGACAGUUGUGAGGGGUUGUUUCGCUUCGCAUACUAUUAUUUCUGUGUUGACUUUUGAUUUGGGAAUACUCGACCAUUUGGUUAUAGCUUUCCAAUUACAACCUGACACAAUGUCGUCACAAUGCGGUUUUGUAUCUCCUGAACUUUAUUUCCAUUAUCAAACGCUAGUAGGGAUUUCUAGGAGCUUUGAUGUCGAAGAGGUUUUUUAUAUGGAGGCUCUGACUUAUCUGGUUCGCAUAAUCACUUUUUCC